AAAACUGCCAACCUGAAAGCUGAGACAGGGUCUGGACUUUGGCACUGAUGGCUGAGAUGGAAAAUGUGUCGUACGUACCUUUGAAGCAGCCCAUUGUGCUCAUAGUGGAAGGUUUCAACGUAACCAGGCAGCAGGGGUACCCCCUGUUCGUGCUCUUGUUGAUCGUGUACGCCGUGAUGCUGCUCGGAAACAUCACCGUGGUUACGGUGAUCGCCAGGAAUGCCAAGCUCCACAAGCCCAUGUACGUGAUGAUGUGCAACCUGGCAGUGAGCGACCUGCUCGGGGGCACUGUAAUCAUGACCCAGCUGAUGACCCACUUCCUGACUGGGGACAGGACCGUCAGCUACGUGGGGGCCUUUGUACAGGCCGCCUCUGUGCACACGUACCACUCGGUCGUCGCCACCAUUCUGACGGCCAUGGCGUACGACCGCUACGUGGCCAUCUGCCAGCCGCUGCACUACCAUGCCAUCAUGACCACUAGGAGGCUGGUUUUACUGUGUUUCUCGGCCUGGUUCUUCGUGCUCUGCCUGGUCGUCGCUCGCCUCAUUAUGAACGUGGGAAUACCACUGUGUGGGACGUUAAUCACACACGUGUACUGCAGUCAUGGAUCCAUUCUGAGUCUGGCAUGCCUCCCCACCCCCAUCAACGACUUGUUCGGUAAUUGUUCGAUUUAUACCAUAAGUACGGGCUGCUUCUUAGGCAUUGUCUUUUCCUAUGCGAAGAUCCUCAAAGCAUGCAUUGUCAAAAAGGAGAAAAACAGUUGGAGCAAGGCCAUACAUACAUGUGCCUCCCAUCUCACCAUUUAUCUCCUCUUUGCGAUCUCCUUGUUCCUCAUUGUGAUGACCUACAGUAUGAAAAACAUUAACCCCAAUGCCAAGAAGUUUUGCGCCAUUUUUUUUAUCAUCGUGCCCCCCACAGUCAACCCAAUCAUCUAUGGCAUCGCCACAAAAAAUAUUCGAACAAACAUUGUGAAGUUUUUCAAAUCCUCUGUCUCACCAAAAUAGGGAAACCAGCCAGUACCACCCUGUUAACCAAAUAACAUUAUUUAGAUGUAUUUCUUAGGGUGAGGAAAGAGCUGAAGUGUUAUCUUCUCAUCACAACAUUUUCCUACAGAAAAAGUCAGAUGGGCUUUUUUUCCCCCAAACAUAGCUGUAAAGUCAUGAUUUGCAGACUGGUAAAAACAGUGACCAUGGUAAAAACCUUGGCACAGCACUGUUAUUCUACACACCCUUCCACAACUUCACUGCAUCAUUCUCAAUAAAGUUUUGUGCCAGCUGAUCAGAUGGUUUUUCUUUUCAAACAAUUUGAACCAUUCUCCAUCUUUUUUUCCCCAUGAAGCUUUUGCAUUAUAAAAAGCAUAUCUAGCCUACAUUUUAUAAAUAAGAAGCUAUUUACUUUUUAAAGAAAAUACAAUAAUUGCAAUCUAGUUUGUAGCUGUCGUCAUAUUUUAUUAGUGUGAUUCUGUGACUGUAUAAAAACAGAAUAUUAUACAAGUAACAAGAAAAACCAGUUGACACUACAGAAUGUGCAAGACUGCAUCCAGACCUACCCACCCUUUCUUGCUACUGUAUUAAUGGCUGUAUUUUGUUAAUCGACUUGUACAUUUUUCUUUUAUGUAAUUUUUUUCUUCUGCAAGCACUUUGAAGAUCGUGUUCUAUGCAGAUCUAAUACAAAUACAGACCAUUUCAUCUCCUACAAAGGAGCUAGAGGCAGUUAGCAUUUCAGCACACUGUUACACUGUAGCAGACCAAAGUCUUGGAGAGGAUGAUUGACAGCGCAAAACCCGAUUACCUAUGAUAGACCUACUGUAGCUGCUUUUAACUAAUGCCAAAGUUACUUAAAGGCAGCUGUCAUAAUAACGUUUGCAAGGGAGCGCAGAAAACUUCGGAUCUGGGUUCUUGUCCUCGUUUUUCGUACAGCCCACCACACACAA